UCUCAGUUCUUCCAAUGUAAGUGAAAAAAAUAUAAAAAUAGUACAAAACAUAAGCGAAACAAAACAUUAUUUUUAUUUUUGGGUUCACACAGUAGAAUGAACAUAUAAAUACUUAUACUAUAAGAAAACAAAGCAACGGUUCUGCGUUCAUGGCCACUGCCCUCCCCUACUUUCUCUCUCUAAUCCAAUAACUCAAUUUUCCAUUCCUUUUCUCCGAAUUUUGUUCACUAGAUUUCAUCCUAUGUGUAUCUUCCGAGCAAUGUCAAGCGGCGGAGCCACCACCAAUCCACCCACCGCCACCACCCCCACCGUCACCCACCACCGCCGCCGCGUCGCCGACACCGAUCAGGAGAAGGAGAAGCCCGCCGCCGAUCCGGCGCCAACCUCCGCCGCUUCGGAUCGCUCGAAGAGAGACGCGGACGAAGAGGCAAUGUUCAGCAACAGCAACGGCAGCGGCAGCGCCCACGGCGGCGGAGGGGGAGGCGGGGGAUUGUACCACCACCACCAUCACCACCACCCGACAAUACGGUAUCUGCUGUCACGGAAGAGAGUGCCGGAGAGUUGGAUUUUGCGCGGCGAGGAAUGUGUGUUGAGUGCGUGUGCAGUUUUCAAUUCUUUGACCUCAAGGAAGAACAUGGGGCGCACGGUUUUCGUGUUCCUUUUGGUGUUGAUGAUGGUCUCGGCCUUCAUGAAGUUCUCCUUCGGCGGCGCUGUCUCCGGCGCCGGCAAUAUUAUCAGGACGGAGAAGGAGAUUUUGUUUAUUCACAAUUUUAAGAACGAUUUGUCGUCUAAUGCGCAUAUGGCCGUUUUUGAUUCCGAAGCAUCGAACGGCGCCGCUUUGCAGAAGCGGCAGAUGAAGGAAUUUCCGGUCCCAGAAAUAUGGAUGAAACCCAAUAGUGACAACUACUACAGAUGCAUAAAUCGACCAAGAAAUUGGAUAAGGACAAGCAACAAGACGAACGGAUACAUUUUAGUUCAUGCAAACGGAGGAUUGAAUCAAAUGAGAACAGGCAUAUGUGAUAUGGUUGCAGUAGCAAAGAUUAUGAAUGCCACUCUUGUGCUUCCUUCCCUUGAUCAUCAGAGCUUUUGGACAGAUCCGAGUGACUUCAAGGAUAUCUUUGAUUGGAAGCAUUUUAUCGAGGCUUUGAAAGAGGAUAUCGACAUAGUUGAGACGCUGCCGCGACGGUAUGCAUCAGUGCAUCCCCUGAUCAAGGCGCCCGUGUCAUGGUCCAAGGCUAGUUACUACAGAGGAGAAAUCCUUCAUCUGCUGAAGAAGCAUAAGGUCAUCAAGUUUACGCAUACAGACUCGCGCCUCGCCAACAAUGGCCUGCCCUCCUCCAUACAGAAGCUGAGGUGCCGUGCUAACUAUGAGGCCCUUCGCUACACGCCUGAGGUUGAAGAGCUCGGUAAGAAACUGGUUGAGCGGCUCAGAGAUGAAGACGAGCCUUACAUUGCUCUUCACUUGAGGUACGAGAAAGACAUGCUCGCGUUCACCGGUUGCAACCACAAUCUGAGCGCGUCGGAGGCCGAGGAGCUUCGCGAGAUGAGGUACAGCGUGAAGCAUUGGAAGGAGAAGGAGAUAGACAGCAGAGAGAGGCGGCUGCAGGGGGGCUGCCCCAUGUCUCCGAGAGAGGCGGCAUUCUUGCUCAAGGCCAUGGGGUAUCCUUCCUCCACAAAAAUCUACAUCGUUGCAGGAGAAAUCUACGGCAACAACAGCAUGGACGCGCUACAGAGAGAGUAUCCGAAUGUCUUCUCUCACUCAACCCUCGCCACAGCACAGGAGCUGGAGCCAUUCAAGCCAUACCAGAACCGCCUUGCUGCCUUGGACUACAUCAUAGCCUUGGAGAGCGAUGUGUUCGUCUACACCUACGAUGGGAACAUGGCGAAGGCCGUGCAGGGCCACCGAAGGUUCGAGGGGUUUAGAAGGACUAUAAAUCCUGAUAGGUUGAAUUUUGUGAGACUCAUUGAUUCUUGGGACGAGGGGGUGAUUUCUUGGGAGAGCUUCGCCUCUGAGGUGAAGCGUGUGCACAGUGAGAGAAUCGGGGCGCCUUACCCGAGGCAGGCAGGGGAGAUACCGAGACUAGAGGAGAACUUCUACGCGAAUCCUUUCCCCGGUUGCGUAUGCAACAGAACAGUGGUGGAACAAAAGAAGCAGGCGGACAGUAGUAGUAGUAGUGCAGGAGUUGCUUCACAAUGACAAGGUUAUUAUUGGGUUUGGUUGAUACUGUAUAGCACACCAUGGCAUUUGAGUUUGGUUGGUUCAAAUCAAGAGGAAAAGAGGUGUUUGGAGAGAGCAGUGCAAAGACAUGACACCCUUCCAGGAACGCGCGUCGCAGCAGAUACGCAUUGCCAUGUUUGUACAGUUGGUCGAAUUUUGGUGGCACGGCACAAAUAUAUACAUGCAUUCAAUUUAUUGUUUCAUAAUUUUAUUCCACAGAGAGAGCACAGAAUGUAACUAUUGGCAACAAAUGUGAUAGGAAAAUAUUCUCAAAGAAUCAUUCGUAUA